GUAGCGGAGUCACGACACGAUUGAUAUUGUCCAAUAGAUACUACAUUGCCGGGCGUAAUUCCAUAUUUCCUCCUCUCGGCGUCAGGAUGUAAUAAUCUGCGUGUUUGCAAAUGGGGCGAACGUCGAGAAAACGCCGUCGGAAGAAGAGGCUUAGUUUCGUAGAGUUGAAUGAGAUCACUGACGAGUCUCUGAUAGAUUUAAAAUCCUGGCUUCUAAGUAAAAACUGCGUGUCGAUUCGUUACUUGACGCCAGAACACUUUCCGCUCACAGGCAGAGGCUUGAAAACAUUGAAGCGCGUCGAACGUGACGAAGUACUGAUUCGACUGCCGCUUCGAACGCUGUUAACGACAGACGUCUUGUCGCGCAGUGAUGUCAAAACUUUAUUCCUGCGUACCACCGAUAGUUUCACCCCCCAGUGUAUGCUCGCAACGUUUCUCGUGUACGAGACGCACUUGGGGACGGAGUCAAAGUGGUAUCUUUAUCUGAAGACGCUGCCGCGAUCUUUCACGAAUCCGGAUUUCUGUUCCAACAAAGAGAAAGCAGCGUUGCCCGGCUUCAUCUCGCAUCCUUUACGUCAAGCCCACAAAUUGCAAGCAGAUUUUUCUGUGCUAGUAAAACGCCUGGAUGUCGAUAGAAGCCGUUGUCCUCAUUGCAGCGUGCGAAUGCAAAAGAUAAUAACGUUUGCGAGGUACAAAUGGGCGUACUACGUUGUCAAUACACGGGCGGUAUAUAUAGACGCUGAGUGUUGCAGCGGCAAUGUAAUCGAUCGUGCUCAGAAGAAGAAGAGCGUGCCGCAAUCUAAAUCCGUCGUGCCGCCAGUGAAAUUCGUAUCGGUUGUUACGGGAUUAACCGGAGCAAAGCCUGGCCAGCAGAAAAGAAACUGCUUCCAUCCAGGCGUCUCUAGCUUAGGCAGAGAUGGCAUUGAUUCGGACGAUAAAUCGGUCACCAGCACGGACAUGUUAAAGGGCAUGCUAAGAUACAUUUGGCCAGAAGACGAUCCAGAAAUACGAAAAAGAGUGAAAAUAGCGGUGGGUCUACUUGUGGGAGCUAAGGUCGUAAACGUUCUUGUACCAUUUAUUUUCAAGUAUGCGAUAGACAUUUUAAAUGCCCAUACCGCAGCGAUGUCUGGCACCGCUGCGAUGAAUUUAGCAACCGCACCUGCCGCAGUCGCGACCGUGGCAACGUCGCUGCUUGUCGGAUAUGGAAUAGCACGGGCUGGAGCGGCCGGUUUCAGCGAGCUUAGAAACGCGGUGUUCGCGAAGGUCGCGCAGCACUCUAUUCGCAAGAUAGCGAAAAACGUUUUCGUGCAUCUGCACAAUCUCGACAUGGCUUUUCACUUGAGCAGACAGACCGGUGCUCUAUCAAAAACAAUCGACCGUGGCAGCCGCGGUAUUAAUUUCGUUUUGAACGCCAUGGUAUUUAACAUUGUACCAACAGUAUUCGAACUGGCGUUAGUUAGUGCGAUAUUGGGGAUAAAAUGCGGACCAGAAUACUCGGCCGUGGCGUUGGGUUGCGUGGGCGUUUAUACCAUAUUCACGUUAAGUGUCACACAGUGGCGCACCAAAUUCCGAAUACGUAUGAAUCAAGCAGAAAACGAAGCGGGUAAUAAAGCAAUAGAUUCGCUUAUCAAUUACGAAACAGUAAAGUAUUUCAACAACGAGAAAUUCGAAGCGGAAAGAUACGAUCAAUCUUUGAAGAAAUAUGAAACGUCAUCCCUCAAGACCAGCACGAGCUUAGCGAUGUUGAACUUCGGGCAGAAUGCCAUUUUCAGCGGUGCGCUAAGUCUCAUUAUGGUACUGGCAGCAAAAAAUAUCAUAAAUGGCACUAUGACCGUCGGUGAUUUAGUGAUGGUGAAUGCCUUGUUGUUUCAACUCUCAGUUCCUUUAGGUUUUUUGGGCUCUGUCUAUCGAGAAGUGAGACAAGCUUUUAUCGACAUGCAAACCAUGUUUACUCUCAUGACAACGGACACUGCAAUCAAAUCGAAAGAAAACGCACUGAGAUUUUACGUGACGGCGGAUUCGUCGGAAAUUCAAUUUAGAAAUGUAAAUUUUCAAUACGUUGAAGGAAAGUCUAUUUUUAAUAAUGUAUCAUUUACUAUACCGAGUGGCAAGAAGAUUGCUAUUGUUGGAGGCUCCGGUUGUGGCAAAACUACAAUUGUGAGACUGCUGUAUAGAUUUUUCGAACCACAGAGUGGUGAUAUUUACAUCAAUGGUCACAACAUUCGAGACGUCGAUUUAGAGGACCUCAGGCAAUGCAUCUCAAUUGUGCCACAGGAUACGGUACUCUUUCACGAGAGUAUAUAUUACAAUCUGCACUAUGGUAAUUUGAGAAAAUCGCGCGACGAAGUUUACGAAGCUGCGAGAAUGGCGAAUCUACACGACUCGAUACUGAAGUGGCCGCAAGGAUACGACACACCCGUGGGGGAACGCGGUUUGAAAUUGAGUGGCGGAGAAAAACAAAGAGUUGCAAUCGCCCGAGCAGUCUUGAAAGACAGUCCUAUACUGAUUUUUGACGAAGCUACCUCCUCAUUGGACUCCAUCACAGAACAUAAUAUACUUGAUGCCCUACAUAAGGCGACGGAAAAACGAACUUCAAUCGUGAUCGCACAUCGUUUAAUGACCGUUAUGGAUGCCGAUGAUAUACUUGUGCUAGAUCAGGGUAAUUUAAUCGAAAGGGGAACACACGAGUCAUUGUUAUCUAUACCAAAUUCCUUGUACAGCAAAUUGUGGGAAACUCAGUAUUUAGGCGCGAAGAGAUCACAAGAAGAACAAGAGAAGAAUCAAACUAUACAAUUUAAUUGAAGAUAGUAUAAUCUAGAUAGAGAUACUAUUUAUUAUACAACACUGAAUGAAAGUCUUAGUCUUUUUAAAUAAUUUUGUCUCAAAUGUUGUUUUGUAAUUAAGACUUGACAGAGUGAGAUAUGCAAAAGUAGAUUCGUAAAUAUAAAUGAAAUGUCAGUGCUGUACAUACAAAUACAAGUAUUAAAGAUGGGCAACGAUAUCUGUUACAAAUGUCAGUGUACAUAUAUUAAUAUUAAAAAAUAAUAAACAAAUGUUACGCUCUUGUAAUCUUAUUACAAA